AUGGGCGAGCCUUGCCCUGAUUUAUACUUAAGAGAUGGUAGACGGUUCCAUCACGCGAUAGCAGCCUCCCUUCUCCCCCUCCCCGUGGUAAAUGCCACCUAUAAAGGGGACGGCACAUGCAGCCCCACACAGCAACACGAGCACACACAGGAUGGACGUGUUGCAUCUCUACAUGAUUUCCACCGUAGGACCAGCGUUUGGAACUCCACAGAUCUCACACUCGGGUGCUUUGUAGCCAUCACAGCCCGCAUUGUCUACGGGGGGGGGAAACACCACGCCGCCGCCGCCGCCUUCUCCGGGCAGCGGCAGCGCGGAGCGGGAGGCUGGGGCGCGGCGGAGCGCGGGCUGCGCUCCCUCCCCGUGUGCGGGAGGAAAAAAGGAAAAAAAAAAAAGCCUAAGUCUGGAGGAAAUCAAAGCUGCUCUGACUACGAGUGCCAGCGGAGGGCUGCGGCGGGGAGCAGCCCGGGGAUCUCGGUCCGGCCGCCCCGCUCUCCCCGCCGCCAGCUCAUCCUCCUCUCGGUCCUGCUGCCUUUCCUUCCGUCCAGGGGCCGCUCCCGCCCCGCAGCCUCGCCACGAUCCAGCCGCUUCCCGCAAAGCCAAACCCCUCGGGGGAGAGACCCGGCACCUCCCGCAUCCUCCCGCCCGGCGCGGGGUGUGCACGGGGGCGGAGGGGCCGCGCCCGCGGAGGACGGAGCGGUGCCCGCCCGGCCCGGGAGCCGCCGGCAGGUAACGGGGCUGCGCGGGGGGCGCAGGGUCCGCGCAGGGGGCGCAGCGGAGCUUUGCGCGGGUUCUCCCGCGGGUCAAAGUUGCCAGGAGACAGAAGUCACCGCGGGCCAUGCCCUGCAUCUCCCUCCAGCCACAGCAGCUCACGGCCCUUCUGUCGCUGCUCCACACACCCUGCUGAGAACAGGACCGGUGCGAGUGAGAUUGGCAGGAGCUCCAGAGAAGGCUACAGCUGAUGUAACCAAGACUAGGACGUCACUCGGUUAUUAAUGAUAAUUAUUAUUAUUGGCAAGCGAGCUAUUUCCUUGCAAAACCCCAUCCUGGAGCUGUGGAGUCGGCAGAUAUGCAUCUCAGCAGGACGGGAGCUGGCAGGUGCCCUUCAGCUGCCUCUUCCCAGCCUCAGUCGUCAUGACUGAAAUGCACCUUUCCUCCCUGACAGCCUUGUGAAAAUAAAGGAGAGAGACACAACUUAGAAAAGGAUA